AUGUCGACAAGAGCCGCUCCAAAAAUGCCCCCCGAUUCACAACAGGAUGAAGAAAAGCAGCCACCAAGCGACGCCAAACCUGCCGUUGCACCAGUCGAAUAUCCGCCUGUCGUCAAACGCAUUCUCAUCAUGAUUGCCCUGUAUCUAUCAAUGUUCCUCAUCACUCUCGACCAAAACAUCAUUGCGACCGCGAUCCCGCGAAUCACGGACGAAUUCCACUCCAUCGACGACAUCGGCUGGUACGGUAGCGCCUACCUCCUCACCACCUGCAGCUUCCAGCUUCUCAUGGGCAAGGUCUACAAGCACUACCCCGCCAAGCCGCUCUUCCUCACCGGCGUCUUCUUCUUCGAGGUCGGCUCCGCCAUCUGCGGCGCGGCCCCGAGCUCCAUCGUCUUCAUCGUCGGACGCGCCGUAGCCGGGUUCGGCGCCUCGGGGCUCUUCUCCGGCCUGAUGGUCAUCAUGUUCCACACGAUCCCGCUCCGUCAGCGGCCGCUGUGGCAGGGCGCCGCGGGGGCCCUGUUCGCGGUCGCCUCCGUCGUCGGGCCGCUGGUCGGCGGCGCGCUGACGGACAGCGUCACCUGGCGCUGGUGCUUCUACCUCAACCUUCCGAUCGGAGCGUUUUCCAUUCUGGUGACGGUGUUUCUUGUGCAUCUGCCGAACCAGAAGCUGGAGCCUCGCGCGAAGACGCUCCUCGGCAGGUUCCAGCAGCUGGAUCCCAUCGGCAAUUUAGCCUUCUUCCCUGGCAUCGUCUGUCUCAUCCUCGCGUUGCAAUGGGGAGGCACGCGAUACUCCUGGAGCAACCCGAGAAUCAUUGCGCUUCUCGUUGCGUGCAUUGUUCUCGUCGCUGUUUUUAUCGGGAUCCAGGCCUGGAAACAGGAAAAUGCCACUCUGCCACCGCGCAUCGUCAGACAGCGCAGCAUCGCUGCCGCCAUGUUCUUCUGCUUCUUCAACGGUGCCGGCAUGAUGGUUCUCAUGUAUUACCUCCCUGUCUGGUUCCAGGCUGUCAAGGGUGCCUCGGCUGUGAAUUCGGGCCUCAUGCUAUUGCCAACAAUCCUGUCCCUCGUCGUUGCGUCCAUCGCCUCGGGCAUCGUCAUCUCGCGUGUUGGCUACUAUGCGCCCUUCUACAUCGUCAGCUCCAUUUUAACUCCUAUCGGGGCCGGAGUGCUUUGCACGUUCACCAAGUCAACUAGUCAAGGCAUGUGGAUUGGCUCGCAGGUCGUCUUCGGCUUCGGUGCCGGCCUCGGCGUGCAGCAGCACCUAAACGUUGUGCAGACAGUUCUGGAGCGCUCUGACAUUGCUGUGGGAUCCGCUGCAGUCAUGCUCGUUCGAUUUCUUGGACCGGCAAUUUUCAUUCCCAUUGCACAGAAUAUUUUUCUCCGGGAUCUCGUCUCGAAGCUGACGGCACUUCCUGGUGUGGAUGCGGCCAAAAUCAUCAAGGGCGGUGCUACUGAAUUGCGGUCGUUGGUUUCCGGGAAUGAUCUCGACAUUCUUCUUACUUAUUACAAUGCCGCUAUUGUAAAAGUCUUUUACAUUGCGGUUGGCACUUGUGCGGUCACUAUCUUUGCAAGUGUCUGCGUGGAAUGGCGAAGCCUCAAGGCCAAGGCUCAAGCAGAAGCUGGGAGGCCAAAGUGA